AUGGAUUCCGACGAGAUCCUAGAGCAGGAUCUCCACAAGCCAGAGAAAGAAGAAGAUUUGGACGAAAAAUACCCCAAUAGACCUCACAACCGGGCCCCGACAUUGCCGUUCCACGAUCUGUACCUCAGUCUAUUCAAUCCACUGAGUGAACUCAAGAAGAAACCUUCGGGGCCUCCUCAAGCUCGCCGGAAAGUUGGUCCCCAUGGUAAAGGUGCUACGAGUCUCAACCCGUUCGAGCGCCGGCGCGAUGUGAUUGAGCGCUUCAUUUCGCGGUGGCGCAAAGAGGUUGGCGACGAUAUCUAUCCCGCAUUUCGAUUGAUUCUUCCCGACAAAGACCGCGAUCGACCUAUGUACGGGAUCAAGGAGAAGGCUAUCGGGAAGAUGCUCGUCAAAAUCAUGAAGAUCAACAAAGAAUCAGAAGAUGGAUACAAUCUUAUGAAUUGGAAGCUUCCCGGUCAGGGCGCUACAACACGUAUGGCGGGUGACUUUGCUGGAAGAUGCUUUGACGUUCUCUCGAAGCGGCCUAUGCGGACCGAGCCGGGCGACAUGACGAUCGACGAGGUCAAUGAGAAGCUGGAUAAGCUAUCUGCUGCCACAAAGGAGGAUGAACAACUGCCCAUAUUGGCCGAGUUCUACCGGCGGAUGAACCCAGAAGAGCUUCUGUGGCUCAUCCGCAUUAUACUUCGGCAGAUGAAGGUCGGUGCCACCGAGCGAACACUCUUUGAUGUUUGGCAUCCCGAUGCCGAGAGUCUGUACAGCAUCUCUAGCAGCCUACGACGUGUGUGCUGGGAGCUGCAUGAUCCCAAUAUCCGGCUUGAGGGAGAGGAGCGCGGUGUCGCGUUGAUGCAAUGCUUCCAGCCGCAACUGGCCCAAUUCCAGAUGCAUUCAUUUGAGAAGAUUAUUGCUCGUAUGAAACCAACCGAAGAUGACAAGGUGUUUUGGAUUGAGGAGAAAAUGGAUGGUGAGCGUAUACAACUCCAUAUGGCGCCUGACUAUUCAAUCAAAGGCGGUCGGAGAUUUGGCUUCUGGUCACGCAAGGCGAAAGAAUAUACCUACCUAUAUGGAAAUGGCAUUUAUGACGAGAAUGGUGCUCUCACAAGGCAUCUAAAAGAUGCUUUUGUGGAUGGAGUACAGAGCAUUAUUCUCGAUGGCGAAAUGAUCACCUGGGACCCUGAACAGGACGCCAUAGUUCCUUUUGGCACCCUCAAAAGUGCGGCGCUGGCGGAACAACGCAAUCCUUUCUCAAAUGGUCCGCGGCCCUUGUUUCGUGUCUUCGAUAUCUUAUAUCUCAAUGGACGCGAUCUAACAAAGUAUACCCUUCGUGAUCGUCGCAAUGCGCUAGAGAAAGUUAUCCGACCUGUCCAUCGCCGUUUUGAAAUUCACCCAUACGAGGAAGCUACUAGCACUGCAGAGGUUGAAGCGGCUCUGCGGAAGGUCGUCGCUGAGGCAUCAGAAGGUCUUGUGUUGAAGAACCCGCGCUCUCCAUAUCGGCUGAACGAACGCCACGAUGACUGGAUGAAAGUCAAACCAGACUAUAUGACCGAAUUCGGAGAGUCCCUAGACGUUGUUGUGAUUGGUGGAUACUAUGGCUCGGGUCGUCGAGGAGGUGCGCUGUCUAGUUUUCUCUGUGGACUACGAGUCGACGACAGCACACAAGCAGCAGAGAAAUUCUGGUCCUUUUGUAAGGUGGGUGGCGGGUUUACUGCAGCCGACUAUCAGGAGGUGCGUCAUCAUACGGAUGGCAAAUGGAAGGCGUGGGAUGCGAAGAAGCCACCGACCACCUUUAUCGAACUGGCGGGUGGAGAUGCCCAGCAUGAGCGUCCAGAUAUGUGGAUCAGACCAUCCGACUCAAUUGUUUUGUGUGUGAAAGCUGCAUCUGUCGCAAUUAGUGACCAAUUCCGCAUGGGAUUGACGUUGCGCUUUCCUCGCUUCAAGAAAUUGCGCAAGGACAAGGAUUGGAAAACCUCACUCUCAGUUCAGGAGUUCCUUGACCUGAAGUCAAAUGCGGAGCAGGAACACCGGGAGAAAGAGUUCUCUGUUGAUCACUCUCGAAAGAAACGAGUGAAGAGAGCCACUAAAAAACCACUCACGGUUGCUGGGAACGAUGAUAAUGACGAGGUCCAGUAUCUUGGGCCUUCUGGACAUAUCUUCGAUGAGCUUAACUUCUUCAUAAUGACCGAGUCGAGCGUCCCAGAAAAGAAAACAAAACUUCAACUGGAACAACUCGUGAAGGCUAAUGGUGGCAAGAUUUAUCAAACCAAGACAGCCGGGGUAGACACUCUCUGUGUUGCUGAGCGAAGAACGGUCAAAGUAGCUUCCUUACAAAAGAGUGGAGAGCAAGACAUCAUUCGACCAUCUUGGCUUAUCGACUGCGUCAAGCAAAAUGAAAUAGAUGCAGGCCUGCCGGAUCUCCUUCUCCCAUUCGAGCCAAGACACAUGUUUUUCAUGACGGAGGAUAAAGAGGAAGAAGUCACAGCAAAUGUCGACAAAUUCAUGGACAGCUAUGCUCGCGAUACAACCGUCGACGAGCUCAAGGAUGUAUUCAAGCAAAUGGAACAAGACCAAGAGCAGCCCGAUCAUGCCCCAGACCCAGCAAGCGUUCGGAGAAUCGAAGCUCUCAUCCAGGAAAAAGUAAACGCCGGCUACACGGUUCCAUGUGGAUGGCUCUUUCGAGGCUUGAAGUUUCAUUUCUACUCGAGCGGGGAUGAGCAAGACGAAUCAGUCUCCGGAGAACUGAGAAAGGAGCACCAACGCCUCCAGUUCGCUCACAACACAGCCCGUUUCGCAGGCGCUGAGAACUCCAGCUCGUUAAAGAGCUCAGGUACCACACACGUGAUAGUCGACCCGGGGACUUUGUCUUCAGCGGACAUAUCUUCUCUCCGGAAGUCUCUGGCCGAAAAGCCGGGUGCGAAAAUGCCGCAUCUUGUUAGUGUGGACUGGGUGGAAGAAUGCUGGAAAAAUGGCACCUUGCUGGACGAGGAGAGAUUCUUGGUUCGGCGAUGA